GUCAUCCCAACUAUAGUGCGCCCUUCACCUCGACGGCUAUAAAAGCUCGCAUCUCACUGACAAGAAGCAUCAGUUCUUCAAAAGGAAUCUCACAUAUUCAACAUGAAACUGUUCGUCAUCGCCGCUAUCUUGGCAGUUGCUGCCGCUGCUCCUUCCAGCUACAAGACCAAGGAAGAUGAGUACAAGGAGAUUGUUAUCGUGAGCCAGUCUGAUGAACGCAAUCUCGAUGGCAGUAGCCAAUGGAGCAACGCUGGAUCUGACGGUACCACCCGCGAAGAGGCCCAGGAACAGAAGAAGUUCAUCGUGACCAAAGUCGACGACUACGGCAAGGAAUACAAAGAGGAAGUCUUCGGCAACACCAACAAGGGAAAAUCUUACUGGAUCUCUCCCGAAGGCCAGCGAUUCACUUUGACCUGGGUCGCCGAUGAUGCCGGAUUCCAACCCAAGGGUGACCAUUUGCCCGUCGCUCCCGUCCAUGUCUACGAGCUCCCAGUUGCCCCAGUCCAUGAAUACGAACUCCCCGUUGCCCCCGUCCACAUUCCCUUCAACGGAAAGGGUUUCAAGAUUUAUUAGAUUACUUCAUUUUUAGUGGUAAAAUAUAUAAAUUAUUUCCGUGUAACUUAUGCCAGCAUGACAUUGAAUGCGCUGCUGUUAAUAAACGCAUGAUCAUC